CAGUGAAAAGCUCCUGCUGAAGCAACUGAUCUCACUGUUAUAAAGAUGGCAUUUAUUAAAGAGGAGAGUGAAGACCUGAAGAUUGAAGAGACAUUCACAGUCAAACAGGAAGAUCUGCAGGAACAAACAGGUGAAUUGCUGGGAAUGGAGCACCUUUACAGCCAGACCGGCAAAACCCUGACUCCGGUGCUCCAGAACCCAGAGGAGGAAGACAGGCUGGUGGAGGAAGUUGAUGACGAGGAUCUACAAGAUGACGGGUUUGAGGAGGUGAUCAUGAAGGACAUCACAGUUCCAGUGCUGUUUGAGGAUGACCCCUGCCGUGAUCUCAGAAACAGCCCCUCAUCUUCGCCUCUGCCUCAGUCCCCAGCAUCACUGGCUGAGCCGUCCACAUCAGCUGGUGGAGAAGGACAGCUUCCUAGCCCAGCCCCCUCAGUGCCGUCACAGCCAUCCAAGUCUGGAGACAGUCUCUCUGUUGAGGCUCAGGGAGUAGUCAUUGGACCUGAUGGCAUUGCUGGGUGGGACAAGGUGCAGGAUCAGGCUGCUUAUUUGGUAGGUCUUCGUGAGGCUCCUUACCUCACUGACCUGCAGGUGACAGAGGCCAUUCAGCUGUGGACAGCUCUCCUGGAUGUUGAUAAACAGCGCAUCAACUACCAGCCUCGACAUUAGCCUCAGCUGACACAUGGGCGCUUUAAGGCACCGAAG